AUGGAAGAUUCCCCCGUCCGUUUCCGAUAUCUGCUGGCUGUCAUGUGUGUAGCAGAGUGUCUGCUUCUUGGAGGACUCAACUACGGCUGGGGGUCACUGGUUUUCGUGCUCAAACUGGAGGGAUUUUUCCUGGACGUCUGCCCGGGGAACCACACCGUUGGCUCUUUAAAGAGCCCGUGGCCUCUGUACCCAGGCCUGUCCCUCAUGGGCGCCGGUGGUCUGUCUCUCUACUGCCUAGACCAUCAGGUGGCGCAACUCUUCCCUAAGGGCGGCCUCGUCUUUGUGGCGCUGGCAGCUGGCUCUCUGGACACGUCAGCCGGGAUGCAGCUUCUAGUCAAACUCCUCUACGAGGCCGGUGUGAGCAGACGCGCGUGCUACAUAGGCCUGGCCGCCUUGUGUCUCUUGCCCCUGCUGACGACAUUCCUCCUCUUUCCCAAAGGCUUCGUCCGACCCGUACUGGACACGACAGAUAAUAGUGGUCAGGGCGAGGAGGGCACGGGGGAUGGUCAGUCAUCAAAGUCCAGGCCCCGUGACAAAUCAGGUCAUGACAAUGCCAGCUACACCAAAGACGGUGAAGAAUUCUCUCUCGGUUCGGGACAACAGUGGCCUGUCAAGGUGUACUCCUCGGGUGUUGAGUCGCUGGCGAAAUCGGGGAACGAGGUUUUAUCACAGACUUCUUAUUCAGACAUCUUGCCAAAACAUAACGAAACGGGUGAGGGAGACGACAAAGGGGAUAAGCCUCAUGCUGUGAGCGCAUGUAUUGCUAAACCCAGCGGUGACGUAACACAUCACACGAAACAUAGCGAUGAUGUUCCAUUUCCCACUAAACCCAGCGAUGACGUCACGCCUGAAACUAAAUCCAGCCAUGACGUCACACAUAACACUGGACUCAACGGUGACGUCGCUCAUCACACUGAAAUCAACGGUGAUGUCACACGUCACACAGAACUCAACGACGACGUCACAAAUGCUACUAGCCCUGGCACUGACGUCACUAGCGGUCUGGCGGACAAUGUGUCGAUGCGCGCUGUUUUUCUGUGUCCUCGCUACCUCCUCCACAUGCUGUGGUGUGUCCUGGGACAGUUUGCCUUCUUUGCUUUCUUCUCCUCCAUCAACAUGAGGCUUGAGAUACUGCUGGACACAAUACAACAAGACCAGCAUCUUCUGCGUCUGCCUCGGCGUGGUGACCUACGUCCAUCCCCUCUACAUCUGGUGUACACGUCAUCGCACGUCACAGACUGA